CGGUUCAAUUCGAUCGCAGGCGCGUCAACUUUUUUAUUCAAGCUGUCAUUUACCAUCAGCUCGACCGGUGCCUGGCUCGCAAUUGGGGUGUCGAGUCUUUGAGGGUUCAAGUCCUUCACGGAUCUGCAUCCAGCUGUUGCCUGCGUUUCCUCUAUCCUCCGUCGAAUCGACCGUCCAGCUUCCGGCGCGCGUCACGGACUCAUUAGACCACAUUUUAUCACCAUUAUUCUUUUUCUUUCACUCCUUCAUAGCUUAGUUCCAUCGACUCAGACAUUCGAAAUUGCUCAACGACGCGCCUCCAUACCCGCCAGCAUGUCGUUCGGCACUGGAGGAGGUUUCUCUUUUGGCUCGAACACCAACAAUAAUCAGAGCCCUGGCUUUGGUGGGUUCGGGAGCAACACUAACACCACACCUAACACAGGUUUCGGUGCAAACACGAGCAACACAGGCUUUGGAUCUAAUACCGCUGCCUCUAACCCUUUCGGUGGUGGUGGUGGUGGUGGUAAUGGUGGCAGCACAUUCGGAUCCAAUACUGGAGGCUUUGGUAACAACACCAACUCCAAUACAUCCGGUUCCCUCUUUGGCAACAAGCCCGCGUCGAAUCCUUUCGGAGCAAGUUCAAAUACAGGAGGUGGCUUGUUUGGAAGCUCUACUACUCAAAACAACGCCGGCUUUCGGAGCUCAACAACAGGCGGAUUCGGCAACACAACUACAGGAGGAGGAUUCGGUGGUAACACAAGUGGCUCGGCAUUCAGCUUCGGAAAUGCUGCCAACAAGCCCGCGUUUGGCUCUACAGACACGUCCACGCCUCUCUUCGGUCAAGGUGGCUCGGGCACUACAGGCGGCUUUGGUUCAUCAACAUUUGGUGCUGCUGGCACCGGCACUGCUCUGAGCAACCAGCCGGUCCCUCCGUCGGACGGUACUGCUGCCACACCAUUCACUGCGACCUUGGAGAAAGAUGCCUCAGGCCAGUCGAACAAUUACCAGAGCAUAAACUUCAUGGCUCCGUAUCAGAAGUACUCCUUUGAAGAAUUGCGUUUGGCCGACUACAAUGCUGGACGUCGAUUUGGCAACAACACAGGGACCGCAGGCGGCUUCGGAUCUAGUACAUUCGGUGGCUUUGGGUCCAGCAACACUCCAGCGUUCGGAAACAAUAACAACACCGCCUCCACCAAUCCCUUUGGUUCGACAACCACAUCUUCUGCCACGGGGUUUGCUUCCAAUACCUCAACGACAGGCUUUGGUGGUGGUGGUCUAUUCGGCAAUAAGCCAGCUGCUGGUGGACUCUUCGGCCAACAACAGCAAUCCUCCGGCACCUCCUCCGGUGGAUUGUUUGGUACUGCUGGCGCGAGCACGGGCGGGUUUGGUUCAGGAACUCCAGGCUUCGGGUCUGGCGCUGCACCUGCGUCUGGGGGUGGCCUGUUCGGGAACCAGACCCAGAAUAAGCCAGGCGGUCUGUUUGGCAAUACUGCCGCCACCAGUGCUCCCUCGUUCUCGUUCGGCAAUGCUGGCACAACAAACACCAACACAGGGACCGGACUGUUCGGCAACAACAGUCAACAGCAACAGCAACAGCAACAGUCCGGGGGAGUCUUUGGCAAUACUGGUCAGCAGAAGUCUCUCUUUGGCAAUGCAACCGGUGGGUUUGGUGCAUCGACUACGCAAAGUCAGCCUUCAGGUGGUUUGUUCGGCAGUUCCAAUACUGGUUCUACCGGCGGAGGUCUGUUUGGCAAUACUCCUGCUACGAAUGCAGGCGGCGGCACUGGACUAUUUGGCGGCACAGCCAGUAACACAGGUACUUCACUGUUCGGAAAUAACAAUGCCAACAAUGCUCCUAAACCAGGCGGCCUGUUUGGGGGAAGCACUUUUGGUAACAAUACCAAUACUAACACCAGUGGCGGCCUAUUUGGCAACGCCAAUCAGAACCAGCAGCAGGGUGGCGGCGGAUUCUCCUUCGGUAAUGCUACGAACAAACCCGCGACCACAUCACUCUUCGGCAACACCGGUAACCAGCAGCAAGGGGGUCUUUUUGGUUCAACCGGUGGAAACAACAGUGUCUUUGGAAACGCUCAAAACAAUCAACAGUCCGGACAACAGCAACCCGACUUUAAGCAGUCGUCGCUAAAUGAUCCCAACCCUUAUGGUCAGACAUCGAUCUGGACAGGGCUGCCAGUGCCCACCCCUGAAAAUGCAAAGCCACUCUUCACCCCAUUGUCAGCAACUCAGAAGAUGAAGGAAAGUCAGGCAAAACCACCCCCCAGUCUCAGACUCAGUCAGUCACGUUACAUGACACCUCCUCGUCGCUCAGGCUUCGGCUUUUCUUACUCCACUUAUGGCACACCCAACAGUGCCGCAAGCACACCCGGCGGGAGCGGUCUGGCCAGCAGCAUGUAUGGUAGCCGAAGUUUCACCGGCGGUAGUUUUGGCCGUUCGUUCGGAAAGAGUGCCUCUGCCAGCAAUCUUCGGUCUCAAUUCUCUGGUGAUGGGGAAAGUGUCCUGGGUCCCAACGCAUUUGCAACAAGCAGCGGCAGAUGGUCAAGCGGCAACAUGCGACGCCUUACAAUUGAUCGCAGCAUUCGAAACGACCUUUUCAGCCGCUCAUCGCUACCUACUCUUCCAACCAAUGCCCCCGAGAGACCUGCGAACGAUAAUGCUGAGCCAUCUACUAAUGGUGCUGAUUCGUCGACCGAACCGGCCAACAAGUUGAAGAAGCGUGUGAGCUUCGACAAAGGUACCGUCGGCGGUCAGGAAGGCGCUCUGAAUGGCCAAUCAGGAGCUUUGGUGAGAACCGAGACCAAUGACGACCACAUCGAAUCUGGACAUCGGGGACCAGCCAACGGAACUGCGACUCCUGAGGCUGAACCAAGCAGGGACAACCAGCUCGAAGCAGUACCUGAAGAUCGCGAGUCUGAUCAUGUGUCCCCUCAGAAGUCAAGUGUCCACGCCAAAUCGGACCCUCAACCUGGCGACUACUGGAUGAAACCAACACGGGCUGAAUUGAGCAAAUUGCCGCGAGACAAGUUGCAGAGAUUCACUGGUUUCGAGGCCGGACGGAAGGGCUGUGGCAAGGUCGUCUUCAAUGGUCCUGUCGACCUUACUGCCAUACCCCUUGAUGAUUUGUACGAGAAGAUAGUAGAGAUCCGACUCCGAUCAGUGACGGUGUAUCCGGACGCCAGUUCCAAACCACCAGUAGGAAAGGGGCUCAAUGUGCCAUCGACAAUCUCCAUUGAGAAUUCCUGGCCUCGCUCCCGUGGUCAACCAUCGUCUGCCACAAGUGGACCUGUUUUUGAAAAGCAUGUCAACCGACUCAAGAAGAUGCAUGGCACUGAAUUCGUCAACUACGAAGUCUCGACAGGUGUCUGGACCUUCCGGGUUCCUCACUAUACUCGUUAUGGUUUGGACUAUGAUGAGGAUGAGGAGCUUGGCCAGAGUCAGUUUUCUGCACCUCCCGAGUCACUCAAUGGCUCGCAUUCUGGAAACGUCUCGGCCAUGGAGGUCGACAGUGAUGGGCAGUAUGACGCUGAAAACGAUGAAGAUGACACAUUUGCUUUCAAACAGAAGAGCGUCCCAGGCGGAUUUGGUCGACGAUCAGCUAUCAACUAUGAUGCAGACAUCCCUACAGCAGAGGGUAUUGAGGAAGAAGGGCCAGACUUUGAAAUGGCGGACGAGUCCGAGUAUGAAGAAACCGAUAAUGACAACCAAGUCGACAUGGCUGGCUCGUUUCCUGGGCCUGGUGGUGUGCGUCCUUUGGAGAGUCCAACCAAACCAAUCUUGAAGGCGAAUCGCACGGCCACGCCUGGAAAAGCCCUUAUCAGUCUGGAGGGCGACUGGGCAGAACAGCUUCAACAAACAAUCAGUCCACGCAAGCAGGAUCGAGAGGCACUCCGAAAUCGCCAAAGCGUAAUUCUCCUCGACCGUGCAUACGAGCCGAUCAAGCCACAACCUCACAGCAAGAAAGAUUUUCGGACUAGCAUCGACAUCAUGAACUCGUUGUUCAACAGACAUGAAGAACGAAUGGCAAAGGGAAGGAAUGGGCAGGCAGGGCCGGAUCUUGAGUUUCCUUAUGCCAAACGCACCAAGACUUUCGACGACGAUGAAGCCGACAUGACUGAGAACGAUAAGCUGUGGCAUGCUUCAUUCAAGCCUCGCUUUACCGAGACGAACAAGUUGGUUUACAAGUUGGCCUCUACGAGGGAGGCUGAGUCUGGGUGGACCACUGAUGUCUUAGUCGAAAGUGAAAACGGCACUGUGGAGGUGACUUCACUUGAAGGCACUACCACUAGAAUUGCCAUGGAUACAAAGCAACUCCUCAUUGACGUUGAGGUGAAACUGGUCGACAAAGUCCCAUUUGUCAAGCACAGUGCCGUACCCUUUUCCCGUGUCCAAGAGCACGUUGCCCAGGGAGGCCCUGGUACCGAUGAACUUGACAUAUACGAACUUGCGCAUGUGCUUUUUGACGAUCACGAGGAUGAAUUCAGCUUCAGUCUCAAUCCACAACAGAAACAAGAUUUUCAGACACGGAUUUACAAAGACCGACUCUCGAAAUAUCUUGGGGCACUCGUCUGGAGACGUCAUGGCGAGCAAAUCAAGGCGGCUGAGAAGGUUAGCGCCGCUACUGCCGCAGUCCUGCAUCUCACAGCCAGGAACGUCAAAGCCGCCUGUGAUGUGCUUAUGAAAGACAAGAACUUUCAUCUGAUGCUCCUCGUAUCGCAGAUUGAGCAGGCCGACGAGACAUUCCAGAGCGAUAUUGCCAACCAAAUAGCAGCGUGGCAUGAGCAGGGCAUCAUCUCGGAAGUGACGGAAGAGAUUCGUGCCCUGUACGAAAUCCUUGCGGGCAAUACCACUAUCUCUCAAGGUAAACAAACCGUGCCAGUCGAAGACAAAGCCACUACAAUCUCUAUCUCGGAGAAAUUUGAGCUCGAUUGGAUUCAAGCAUUUUGUCUAUGUUUGUGGUAUGGCCAGCAAAAGAAUGGAGACAUCUACGACGCAGUUAAGGACUUUCAGGAGCAGCUGGCGACCAAGCAAGAGUCGGCCAGUCCAAUCGCCGAAAAUGGCGACGAAGACCCUCUAUGGGUGUUGCUGAAGCUUUUUGCCAGCAGGACCAAGGGCAAAGCAGGUUCCGGGAUCGAGACGCCGAUAUUCCCUCAGGCCUUAUCCUCACUCUCUCAACCAUGGAGUUCCCAGACCGCCUUCCGCCUGCACCAUGCCAUUGCUGCAGCAAUGUCAGGCAUCAAGGUUGAUCAAGACAAAACAGACGCGCUCGCAAUAUCUCUGGGAUUCGAACAAUCUGCGCGUGGCAACCUUAUUGGCGCCGUCUAUGCGCUUCUUCACGUUGGUGCUUCGGCGAAGCGGUCGGCCCUCGUUCGCGAUCUGCUCAACAAGUAUGCUGCAGCCUUGCCUUCGCCUCCGGACGUCGAUCUAAUGAACUCGCAAGCCCAGGUGCAGCUCUGGUCCGAUUUGACUGGCUCUCUCAAAAUCCCUGCUUCGUGGAUCUGCCGUGCAAAAGCGCUAUUUGCUCGGUCGACCAACGCGUCCCUGGAAGAGUUGAGUUAUCUGAUUCUUGCUCAGGAUUUUAGCGAAGCCCACGAAUGUCUACUGCAACGUGUUGCCCCGCGACUUGUUGUUGACGAAGACUGGGAUACUCUCCAUUUAGUCCUGACCAAGUUUGGUGACAAGCCUGAAGAGAACGUCGACAGAUGGAAAUCUGGUGGAGGCGUCUAUACCGAUUUUGUGACGCUUGUGGAGCUUACGGAGUCUUUAGCUCGCCGUCCAAGCAAUACUGAGGCAGAUAGUACGCGCAAGACGCUGCUACACAGUCUGCAGGGUGCAUUGACUGGCAUGAAUGCAAAGUUCGUCGAUGCGGCUAAGGCUAGCGGCUCGAACGGGUCAUUGGCCAAGGAUAAGGAGAACUUGGAGCAGCGUGUCGCCUUGUGUGAGAUGGGCAGGGCCGUUGCGAGGGCGUUGGAACUGGAUGAGGAGAGGGGCCUUGGUGAUAAGAAACCGAUACUCGAUCUCCCCCUGACCGCGGACGCGCGGUUGAGUCACGCUCGAGCGCUAGGGGUGGAUUACUAUCGUGGCGUGAUGGCUAUGGCGAGGUGAUAGGUUUUACUGGUUGGUAAGACUCGACCGCGCCUACUAAAGAUUGAAUGAGUGCGCAGACGCUGUACGACUAUGAAAGAAAAUGCUACAGUGGUGGCUCAUGUGGGUCGUCAAUGAGUUAACCCAUGAUUGAUGGCAAAUAGUGAGAUGCAUGAUACAGACCUGGGAAAGAGACCUCCAUAGUCAUGACUCAUCUCAUUUAUCAUCCUAUCGUUUCCCUGACCGCGCGUGGGAUUGUAAAUACAUUAGAUUGAGUAGGUAUUGUUUGUCUCUCCUUGAUACAGAGUGGUGUAGGAUUGAAUGGGGAAAGAAAGUUCCAGCCUCACGACAACGAGGCUGCGCCAAGAUUUGGGGGUUUGGUGAACUUCAUCUUGACCAUUGACCGUCUC